AUGGUGAUUACCGUAACCUUGGUCGAAAACCCGACUAAAGUGGGCUGGUUGAAGACUGUUCGUUGGACACCUGGUACACUACAAGUUGCCAUCUAUGACUUCUUGAUUAAUCCUUUGGAUACAUGUCAGUUAGAAACGAAAAGCAACACGUUGCUGAUAUUGGUCAAGUCGGCAACCACUCACACAUCGCUUAGGAAUGUUAUCCGGGAGACUUAUAUCAAUUCUAUUCAGGAGUAUAACCUGUCUGCCAGAGUGUUGUUUGUCCUAGGAAAUACUAAGGAUAAACAUGAUAAAGAAAGCAUCAGGGAGGAGGCUGAACUGUACGGGGAUAUCUUGCAGGUGGACUUUGCCGACCAUUACUACAACCUCACCAUCAAACUCGUGAUGAGCUUAAAAUGGGCGGUCAAUUUCUGUAGCGACACCGAGUUUGUGAUGUCCAUUGAUGACGAUGUAAUGCUUGACGUUGUGACUCUUGUCCAUGAUUUAGAGUCGCUGCCGAUGGAGCAACAGUCGGGUUUCUUCCUGGGGAAGCCAAACACGUACCCACCAGUCCGAAAUGCGUACAGCAAAUGGUACAUCCCGAGAGAGUUGUACCCAGAGGAUACCUACCCAGUGUCACCGUUUGGUCAUGGAUAUGUAAUGUCACAGGAUGUGGUACAGAAGCUCUACGAAGCCUCCACAGAAUGCCUUCCUAGAGUUCCAUUUGAUGACGUCUACUGUGGAAUGCUGUUGCAAAGAAGAAACAUCGAGAUUGUCAACAGACUGAACUUCUACAAAGAGCUUCAUCCGAAGAGAAGAACCAAAGACUACAUGAAGUUACAACUCUCCGAAAAUGAGAUGAAGCCUUGUGAAUUUUGA